GCCCCUCUUUCCUAGAACUUCCGCCCAGCUGCCUGUCUCUAUGGUUCCAGGGAGAGUCCUCCUCCCACCUCGCCGACGUCGAAACCGGAAGUAUCACCUGGCGCCGCUCCCUCCCUCCUCGGAUGGCGGAGCCUCUGAGAGGAGCUUCCGGUUUGCCUCAGGGACAAGGAAGGCAGCGGGCGAUGAGGGCUGCGCGGGGCCGCUUGUGGGCGGCGCUGCUUUUGGGAGUCGUGGCGGCGGCGGCAGCGGAGGGCGGUGGCGACGGUUCCCCUUCGGGGCUGGUGACGUGCGGCUCCGUGGUGAAGCUGCUCAACCCCCGGCACGGAGUCCGCCUCCACUCGCACGACGUCCGAUACGGCUCCGGUGAGGCCGCCGCCUUCGAGACCCUUCCAGUUCGCGGGGGGGGGGAGGCGCUCGCCGAUUGGCUGCCUGAAGACACGCCCCCAUGGGAACAGGGGCGAGGAGGGCGGCACUCUGUCCAUGCUCUUAAUCUCAGGUCGUGGGUUCGAGUUCCGGGUGGGGCAAAAUAUUUCUAGUGACCUGGUAUACAAAACAAGUGAACAAAUAACAACAGAAACAUUUGUUAGGUUUAUUUAUAGCCCACAUUUCUCCCCCCUCUCCGAACUGGGUCUCAGGGAGCUUGCAAAAACCAAAACAAACACAGAAAAUACACAGGAAGUUGAUAUAUAAUGGUAUACAGUAGUACCUCAGGUUACAUACGCUGCAGGUUACAGACUGCUAACCUAGAAAUAGUGCUUCAGGUUAAGAACUUGGUGCUUCAGGAUGAGAACAGAAAUCGCGCAGCGGCAAGAGGCCCCAUUAGCUAAAGUGGUGCUUCAGGUUAAGAACUGUUUCAGGUUAAGAGCAGACCUCCGGAACAAAUUAAGUACUUAACCCGAGGUACCACUGUAUAUAGGAACUAUUCAGUUUAAUUCAACAAAAUGGAUGAAAUUGAUUCAAUGAUACCAGCUUUUCAAAGAAAGUCAAGCAAAGUUCUUAACCCAAGGUACUAUUUCUGAGUUAGCAGAGUCUGUAACCUGAAGCGUUUGUAACCUGAAGCGUAUGUAACCCGAGGUACCACCAUGUGUGUGUGUAAAAAAUAUAAUAUAAUACUUAGAAUUAAAACAUGAAAACAAAUAUAUUAAAAUGCAGACAGUAAAAACAGCACACUGCUAUUUAAAGGUCACUAUUAAAAUAAGGAUGCGGGUGGCGCUGUGGGUUAAACCACAGAGCCUACGGCUUGCCGAUCAGAAGGUCGGCGGUUCGAAUCCCCGCGAUGGGGUGAGCUCCCAUUGCUCAGUCCCUACUCCUGCCCACCUAGCAAUUUGAAAGCACCUCAAAGUGCAAGUAGGUAAAUAGGUACCGCUCCAGCAGGAAGGUAAAUGGUGUUUCCGUCCUCUGCUCUGGUUCGCCAGAAGCGGGUUAGUCCUGCUGGCCACAUGACCCGGAAGCUGUACGCCAGCUCUCUCAGCCAGUAAAGCGAGAUGAGCGCCCCAGUCGUCCGCGACUGGACCUAAUGGUCAGGGUUCCCUUUACCUUUACCUAUUAAAAUAAAAGCAAUAAUAAAAUUCUCUAGGUUUUUUUUUAAACGAAGGGCAGUGUAUAAAAUCUAAUAAUGAUAAUACUACAAAUUAAUUUAAGAAUAAUUUCAACCUGAAGUCAUAUUUAGGGUAGAUCCAUUGAAAUUAUGUUUCUUUUUAUUAUAUUUCCUGUGACAGUGAAUUAAGAAAAAAGGAAGAGGCCUUGUUCUUUUUUCAAUAUGUAUGCAGAACUAUAGACCCCUCCCUAUAUGUCAUAGAAGCACACAGACAAAGAACAUUUCAGAUAAACUUGCAGGCGUCAUGCCUGGAACAAAGGGAGGGUGAGGCUAACUUGUGGGUUCCUUUCUCUCCACAGGCAGUGGGCAGCAGUCGGUGACGGGGGUCACAACGGUCGACGACAGCAACAGCUACUGGCGGGUCCGGGGCAAGACAGACACGGUGUGUGAAAGGGGCACCCCUGUGCAGUGCGGGCAGUCCAUCAGGCUGACCCACAUCAACACCGGACGCAACCUGCACAGCCACCACUUCACAUCCCCCCUCUCGGGCAACCAGGUGAGGUUGGUGGACUGGAGGUGGCGCAGGAGGAAGGCUCAACUUGCCACCUGUACUGCCAGGUGGAGGGUGGUGUCAUGGACACAGAGGAACAGUGGGAGCUGGGGAACCAAGGGAAGAAGACUCCGAGACCCCAGGGACUGGUGCUGGGACAAUGAUGAGUGAUCAGAGGGAGCGGACUGGGGGCGGGGGGGGGGGAGGUGCCGGAAGCUGAAGAAGUAACAGGGCUUAGUGAGCUGGGAGAGACUAUGACAGAAAGGAGGUCAAGAGGCAGAGAUGAAUCUAGCUGGUGAAGAAGCCAGGGGGUCUCUUCCUCCUGCUGCGACAAGCUCCUCUCCCAGCGGUCUCCCAGAACCAGAAGCAGCAUGAAAAGGGCAAAGCGGUGACAGGCUUCACCCAGGUGCAGUGGGCUGUUGUGUUGGGGGUACAACUGGUUCAUGGAGUAAGACCUACUGAGGAGGAGCUGCUGUGCUGAGUGUGAAGUUCAUUUUUUUGGUAAUAAAGAGUUAACUCCAACUCUGAACAGGAAGUAUCUCCCAGCCUUACCAGGAGAUGCCAUUGGGCAUUGAACCAGGGACCUUCUGCAUGCAAAGCAGGGGCUCUUCCAGUGAUCUCCAGCUCUUUUCAACCCCAGGUUUCUAUUUUGUUUUUGUUUUUCAUGCCCCACCCCCAAUAAAUUUGAAUGCUUGAUAUCAGCAACAGAAAUGAGAGUCUUGGCCAUUGCACACCUACAAUGGGGCGGUCUCCACACCCCAUUCACAUUGUGCUGCCAGCCCUGUGCUGGACGGCGUAACCACUUGCUUCUUCUCUCACAUGACAACAGAGUCAUUGGAAAGUCUUGGCUGGCACCCUUUACGGUAAAGGUAAAGGGCCCCCUGACCAUUAGGUCCAGUUGUGGCCAACUCUGGGGUUGCGGCGCUAGAGCUCUACAAAUUCUAGCCCACUCUUUGCCACCCCCACCAUGUGUUUUGGAGGGCACCACCUUGGCACCAGCUGCUCUAGCUAGUGGCAAAGGUUCUCUGUCACUCGCCUUACAGUAGCUCUUGACAUUGAUGAGUGCUUCAUAGAACAUUAGAGGUGGAAGGGAACCCAACAGUCAUCUAGUCCAUGGGUAGGCAAACUAAGGCCCAGGAGCCGGAACCGGCCCAAUUGCCUUCUAAAUCCAGCCUGUGGAUAGUCCAGGAAUCAGCGUGUUUUUACAUGAGUAGAAUGUGUCCUUUUAUUUAAAAUGCAACUCUGGGUUAUUUGUGGGGCACAGGAAUUUGUUCAUUCUCCCCCCCCCCAAUAUAUAUAGUCCGCCCCCCCACAAGGUCUGAGGGACAGUAGACCGCCCCCUGCUGAAAAAGUUUGCUGACCCUUGAUCUAGUCCAGCCCCUGGCAGUGCAGGAAUUGCAACUAAGGACUCCCUGACCGGUGACCAUCCAACCUUCGCUUAAAAACCCCCAAGGAAGGAGAGACCACCACCUUCCAAAGGGAGGCUGUUCUCCUUUGAAGAGUGUGUGUGUCUGUUAACAUUGCCUUGCUCUCUGCCUUGUCUGUUCCAGGAGGUCAGCGCCUUUGGGGAAGAUGGCGAGGGGGACUUCUUGGACGACUGGACUGUCCUGUGCGGGGGCAGCUACUGGGACCGGGACAGUGAGGUGCGCUUCAAGCACUCCUCCACAGACGUGCUGCUCUCUGUGACUGGCGAACAGUACGGGCGGCCUAUUCAUGGCCAGAGGGAGGUCCACGGCAUGUCCUACUCCAGCCAGGACAGCUACUGGAAGGCGAUGGAAGGGAUUUUCAUGAAGCCGUCCGAGUUCCUGAAGGCAGAAAUCUAUCACUCUGAGCUAUGACAGCAUCAAGGUUUCUCCCUCCUCCUCUGCCAACGGUCUGGUGUUCAGGGCCAGCAAGCCCCAGAUUGAUCCUUAGGCGGUUGAGGCUGCAGGUGUUGCGGUGGUGCUAAGACGCUGUCCUGUUGUGGGAAUACCAGGACAAAGGUUCUCUGCCACUCCGUGGGCCGCCAUCUGCAACCGCACAACAGUGUUCCCCCAUCCCUCCUUCCCUGCACACCUAUUGCUGAUAUUCAAGCACCCGUGUGCCUGGGAGUCAGCCAUAAAUAAAUGCAGGUUAUUCAAGCAGGU